AGAAACGGGUGAAGAAAGAGAAAUAUUUUUUCCUUUUAUUUCCAUAUUUGUUCUGUUUUCCAACUUCCCUCUCUCUCUCUCUCUCUCUCUCUAGCGCCUUUCUCUCUCCUCUUUCUCUUUCUGUAUUUCUCAUCAACGCCGCGGCCGGAAAAUGGUUUCGGAAUCGGAGCUGAUCGAGCGGCUCCAAGAGUUUCUCCGAAACUCCGACCUCAACACGACGACGACUGCUAUCGUGCGCCGGAAGCUACAGGAGGAUUUCGGAGUUGACUUAUCUGAUAAGAAGGCUUUCAUUAGAGAACAGGUCGACUCGUUCCUUCAAAGUGAGCUCGAGAAGGCGCAACGACAAGAGGAAGUGGAAGUCGGACACCUGGACGAUGAUCGUUCGGCUGAGAUCAAGUCGGAAGAAGGCGACGGUUCUGAUUCGAUGACGGAGGAGCCGGAGGACGAUGAGGAUGAACCGGUUGAACAAUCCAGAAGUACGAAGGUUAAAAGAGGGUCAAAGAAGCUUCCUAAUGAUAAAAAGAAAAGAGGGGGUGGUUUUAGCAAAAUAUGUGGCCUCUCUCCACAACUUCAGAAAUUUAUGGGUGUGUCCGAAAUGGCCAGGACUGAGGUUGUCAAGCAAAUGUGGACGUAUAUUAGAGACAAAAAUUUGCAAGAUCCAAAUGAUAGGAGAAAUAUAAUUUGUGAUGAACCCCUGCGUGAUCUUUUUGGAGUCGACUCCAUCAACAUGUUCCAAAUGAACAAGGCUUUGUCAAAGCAUAUAUGGUCUUUGGAUUCAGAUAAUAAUGUGAAGCCAAACCAAUCAGAAGAGACGGAAAAGAAACGAAAGCAAGAGAGAGAAGAGUCGGAUGAGCCAAAACCCAAGGAAAAAAAACAGAAGGGGGGAAACUCAGGUUUUCUUGCUCCACUUCAACUUUCAGAUGCUCUAGUAAAUUUUCUUGGUACUGGAGAAAGUGCUUUAUCUCGAUCGGAAGUAAUAAAGAGAAUGUGGAAUUACAUAAAACAAAACAAUCUUCAGGAUCCAUCUGACAAGAGGAGAAUUAUAAGUGAUCAGAAGCUGAAAGAACUCUUUGAUGUUGACUCCUUCAUCGGCUUUACUGUUUCGAAACUCCUAGCUGCUCAUUUAUCGAAGACUGACUAGCGAAUCGCUCCCCCCAUCUUGCUAGAACCCAAGAGAAGAGGAGGUUUUGGUUUUGGUUUUGAGUUUAAUUUAUUUUAGUCUCAAUUGUUUAUAUUUUCUACACAGUCCAUAAAAAUGGACACAUAGGAACUUUGUAAAACGAUAGGAUUCAUCAUUUUACUUAAAAUUUCCAAUGUCUUUCAUUACAUUCUUAUUUUUUAAAUCUAAUAUCAGCAGCCAAACUCCAUAAACAUUAAUAUUA